CUGAGACACUCGCAUUCCCCUGCAGUUCACUACUGGAGCCUGAUCUGUGGUGAUGGAUUGUUCAGAGGAGGUUCCGUCUGUGUGCGAGGAGCCCUGCGCUCAGAUGGAGCUGAAGAUGGGGAUGUCGAUUUUCAUAGAUAUUUUGCGGAGAGCUGAUAAAAACGACGACGGGAAGCUUUCCUUCGACGAGUUCAAGUCCUACUUCUCUGAUGGAGUCCUGACAUCUGACGAACUGAAGGAGCUCUUCCACACGAUCGAUACCCACAACACAGACAACGUGGACACUGAUGAACUCUGUGAUUAUUUCUCCCAGCACCUCGGUGAAUAUGAGAACGUCCUGGGCGCCCUAGAAGACCUGAAUAAAUCCAUACUGAAGGCCAUGGACAAAACCAAGAAGGAGUAUCAGGAGUCCACCCACCUUGAGCAGUUUGUGACCCGCUUCCUGCUGAAGGAGACGACCAAUCAGCUUCAUUCGCUUCAAAGCUCACUCGAAUGCGCUAUGGAAACCACUGCUGAGCAGACUCGGCAGGAGAAACAAGGUCCUCUGAAGCCAGAGGGGUUGACCAUCCAGUGGUCGGGCCGUCGCUCCAACAGGAGGCUCCAGAGGAACAGCAGCCUGUCGCCCAACAACCCGCUUCUUAGCCUCGUCAACUCAGGCGUUUAUGAUGAAGACAGCCAGUGGAUGUUCCAGGUCAACAGACUGCAGAAGCUGAUCGACCGCCUAGAACAAAAGGAGAUUCGUCUGGAGCCGGCUGAGGAGGAGGUCCUGGACAGCAAAGCGCACAUCCUGAUAGUCCAGAGGCAGCUCUCUGUGCUGGAGGAGGAGCUGGAGGAGUUUCGUCAGGCUCUCCGACAGUACAUGGAGUGUGCCUGUGCCCAGACUGGAUGUCUACAUGUCGCAGUUCAGCGUCUGGCAAAUGAAUCACGCUUCAUUCUCUAUGAAUUCUGGGAGCACAACAACGUGUGGAAGAACCACCUGCAGACCAACUACAGUAAAACCUUUCAGAGGGGGAACGUGGACUUUCUGGAAACUCCUGAGACCCUAACCACCAUGCUGGUUCCUGCGUCGUGGUGGGUCCUCAACAACAACUGAAAUAAGACAUCACCCCUCACUGAUCGUCACUGAUGAGUGCAGAGAGCAAACAGUCACCUGUCAACUCGUCAGGAGGUCCACAGUGGCACAAACACAUAUACACACACAC